AUGGAUCCUUUUCAGAAACUCCCUGUGGAAAUUCAGCUCAAGAUUCUGGUCUUGACUAACGAUCUUGACCUAUGUUCUUCGUUAUCUCGCGCCUCUCCAACCAUGUCCAAGGUAUAUUCCAAUCACCUUGAUUACAUUGAACGCAAGCAUAAUGAAAAUAUCCUCAUUAACGACUAUAGUCUCAUCGAAGAUAUCAUGGCUGUUAUACUUUUUCCAGAGGCAGACGUCACAAAAUGCAUACCAGAAGAGCGAGUCACUGCCGUGGAGAAACACCUCCACGCCUGGGGAGCCAAACAGCUUCCAAACCCUUUUCUGAGACUCCACAGCGACGAGGAACGCAUAUCCCUCGUCGUACUUUUCGGCCCCAUCUCGCUGUACGUGGAGGAUUGUCUCGGCAAAGCGAACGGUGCACGUGUUCGCCGGUCCUAUCGACGUUUUCCAAGUUGGGCUCAUCCUGAUUUUUCACAAGGAUUCUCCCAACGCCAGUUCGACGACGAAGAAUGCAGUUUUGACCUCAAAACUUUGAGUGUUGAUGAAAGACGACGCAUCUUCGCUGCAUUCAUCCGGUACGAGUUGAUUUGCAAGAUUUAUGGCCCGCGGACAGGAGCAAAGGUCCCUGUCGGGGGCAUCCACCCGCCUUGCUGCCAUUCCCGGAUGCAACAGCUUGAUGGGGAUAUUGGGGACAAGUUUGACGCCAUGAUGGAAAACCACUGGAAACAAGACCACUUGGAAACGAGCAUAAACUCUGGCGACAAUGACAGUGAUGUCAUCAUUGACUACACUUUUGAACAGCUUGCACCUGAUCCUUUUCGUUGUUGGGACUGGCAAACACCUCGAGAGUCGAGCUUGCUUGGCUGUGUUCGCGAGUAUGUCUUGACCUGCUAUGGCGCGCUAAUCUCAGAGGUGCUCAAGGCACCCUUACCCAAGUGGUGGGAGACCCAAAUUUAUGAGAACGCCCCUAAACUGCGUGCUCGGCGAUUUUGGGACUCUCCAAAUUGUUGGACCCAAUGCACAGACUGGGGCGAUAUGGGUGAACUUGGUUAUGGAUGGAGUGACCUUCCCUUCAGCUUCAUGGCCAGUUGUGGCUUCGACCUGUUGACCAACACUCUUCUCAGCAGCAUUGCAGACUUUCGAGAGCUGCUAUGCCGACAGUUGGUUCAUGAUCUGCUGUAUUGCGAAGGCACCAGUGUCCAUACAAAUGUCGAUUACGAGGAGGAUAUGUAUCAAUUCGAGGAGGAUAUGUAUCAAUUCGAGGAGGAUAUGUAUGAAUCCAUGUGGGAUGCCGAUUGGUAUCCCCACGAUUUGCGUCGACUCUAUCGGCAGCGAGCCUGGGUAUUAUUCGACAACCCACGGCCACAGAACCUGCGCCUUCCAACCGUCGCGGAGUACUGCAGUAUCCAUACAUGUCACAACUUGAAUCGUCCUCACGAAGAGGUGGAGACCGAAGAAUGCGAUGAGCUGAUUUGCCAUGCAGGCGGCUAUGCGGCGUACCCUGCGCUUCAAACCAGGCUCGUUCGCUGUUGGACAUGGCAGAAUGGAAACUGA